CAAGAAGGGCGCGCUUCUUAGCUCCUUCAGCCAUUCAACUAGUUAUAUUUCCUACUAUCUUACAAGUUCCGCUAGCAAUUCCAUCAGUAGCUAGACCAACAGUGGUACCCAUAAGUACGCUUUCAGGACCUGCAAAUAUUCCUACUAUAAAUCCUGCUUUCAUCCCUGCUUGCGUUGCUGCUUUUGCUUCUCAUAUUUUGUCUCCC